AUGGGUGAUCGAUAUAAUAUUCAUAGUCAACUCGAACAUUUACAAUCCAAAUAUAUCGGUACGGGUCAUGCCGAUACAACGAAAUGGGAAUGGGCAUCGAACAUUCAUCGGGAUACAUACGCAUCGUAUUUAGGUCAUUUUGAUUUGCUAAAUCACAUCGCUCUAUGUGAAAAUGAAAGUAAAGCUCGUGUUCGAUUUCAAUUGUUGAAGAAAAUGAUUCAACCAUGUGGUCCACCUCAUGAAAAAAUGGAAGAAAACUAA